CGUCGAGCGCGUGUGCCAGAGAGACUGUUCAGUGCGGCUUAGACUUCAGCCGGACGAGUCUAGGCUAUAUCUCGUUCUUGGCGAGCAACACAAAAUAUCAAAAAUAAUUGAAGGAUACCAAAGUGUUAUCAGGGAAACAAACAAGAAAACGAUUUAAAUAUAUGAUAAAAACUAUGCCAUAGAACGAAUAUUCUGACAAAGUGGAAGCUGCUUAUCUAGCGAUAACUCCAAAAGACAUAAUUAUUAUACGAAGACCAAGAUAUUGGAAUUUGAACUCGAACGAAGACCGAGAUAGAAACGAAAAGUGGCUUAAAACGCGAGAGUUAAUUUGAAAAAAAUAUUUAAACCAACCUAAACAAUUUCAAUAGGCAAAUAAUUCAUUUUAAGAAGAUAAAGUGCAGAAGUUUAUCUUUUAGCUUUUUUUUUUACGCUAUUCUCGAACAAAAGUAACGAAGAAUAAUUCUGUGAAUACACACUGUGCGAACGCUUAAUAAAAACAACUAACAAAAUGCAUUCCAUGUGUGCUCAUCGGGCACUAAAUAAACAUAAAACUGUGUUACAAAUAUGGAAAAUUGCCACGAAAUAUUUUACCACAGAUGUAGAAUACAGACCAAUCAGAAGUGUCCUCGUUGCCAAUCGAGGAGAAAUUGCCGUUCGUGUAUUUCGUGCUUGUUCCAUUCGCUCCGUAGCAAUUUACUCGGAGCAAGAUAAAAUGCAGAUGCACCGUCAGAAAGCAGACGAAGGUUAUUUAGUGGGCAAAGGAUUACCACCCGUUCAAGCUUACUUAAAUAUUCCUGAGAUUAUUCAAGUAGCUAAAGAAAACAAUGUCGACGCCAUACAUCCUGGUUAUGGAUUCCUUUCUGAGAGAGCAGACUUUGCUCAAGCGAUUACUAAUGCAGGCAUCAGAUUUAUUGGACCUAGUCCUAAAGUCGUCCAACAAAUGGGAGACAAGGUGGCUGCCAGACAAGCUGCAAUUCAAGCUGGAGUACCCAUCGUUCCGGGAACAGAUGGGCCUGUAACAAGUUCUGAUGAGGCGAUAGAGUUUUGCAUGAAGCACGGUCUUCCGGUUAUCUUUAAGGCAGCAUAUGGAGGUGGAGGACGAGGUAUGAGAGUUGUAAGACAAAUGGAAGAGGUUCGUGAGAUGUUCGAUCGUGCAUCUUCCGAAGCGGCGGCUGCUUUUGGAAAUGGCGCAAUGUUCAUUGAGAAAUUCAUUGAGAGACCACGUCAUAUUGAAGUUCAAUUACUUGGAGAUCAUGCUGGCAAUGUUGUACAUUUAUAUGAACGCGAUUGUUCCGUGCAGCGUCGUCAUCAAAAGGUUGUCGAGAUUGCGCCAGCUCCAGCAUUGUCGCCUAAGGUUCGAGAGAAAAUGACUGACUAUGCCGUCAAAUUGGCAAAAUAUGUUGGUUAUUCAAAUGCCGGUACUGUGGAAUUCUUGGUUGAUGAAUCUGGAAAUUUCUACUUUAUUGAAGUCAAUGCCAGAUUACAAGUUGAACACACAGUAACCGAGGAAAUAACAGGAAUCGAUCUCGUGCAAUCCCAAAUUCGAAUUGCCGAGGGGAUGACACUACCAGAACUCGGUAUGACGCAAGACAAAAUCAUACCUCAAGGAUUCGCGAUUCAAUGUCGAGUGACCACGGAAGAUCCGGCUAAGAAUUUUCAACCGGAUACUGGAAGAAUAGAAGUUUUUCGUUCUGGCGAAGGUAUGGGCAUCCGAUUGGAUGGAGCCUCCGCAUUCGCUGGUGCUAUAAUCUCACCGUAUUAUGAUUCCCUACUUGUUAAGGUAAUCGCCCACGCCAGUGAUCUUCCGUCAUCCUGCGCCAAAAUGAAUCGAGCGCUUCGCGAAUUCCGCGUGCGAGGAGUAAAGACAAAUAUACCUUUUCUACUAAAUGUCCUGGAAAAUCAAAAGUUUCUCAACGGUAUUGUCGAUACAUAUUUUAUCGACGAGCAUCCUCAGCUUUUCCAGUUGCAGCCGAGUCAGAAUCGAGCCCAGAAAUUACUCAAUUACCUCGGUACCGUCCUGGUGAAUGGCCCAAGCACGCCAUUAGCUACUCAACUGAAACCAGCGGACAUCAAACCGCAUAUUCCGCAGAUUGCUCUAGAACCUCUGAAUCCUCCGAAAGGAUUCCGACAUAUUUAUAAAGAGCAAGGUCCGGAAGCUUUCGCUAGAACUAUUAGACAGCACAAGGGUCUUCUUUUGAUGGACACUACAUUCCGUGAUGCCCAUCAAUCCCUCUUAGCGACUCGUGUACGAUCGCACGAUUUGCUGAUGAUCUCACCAUUCGUCGCCCACAAAUUCAACAAUCUCUAUUCGCUGGAGAACUGGGGCGGUGCGACCUUUGAUGUGGCUUUAAGGUUUCUUCACGAGUGCCCUUGGGAACGGCUGGAAGAUAUGCGCAAGGCUAUCCCUAAUAUUCCAUUCCAAAUGUUACUUAGAGGCGCUAACGCUGUCGGGUAUACGAACUAUCCUGAUAACGUCGUCUUCAAGUUCUGUGAACUGGCUGUGAAAACCGGAAUGGACAUUUUCAGAGUAUUUGACUCGCUCAAUUACUUGCCGAAUCUUAUCGUUGGUAUGGAAGCUGCUGGAAAUGCUGGAGGUAUCGUUGAAGCGGCGAUUUCCUACACGGGUGAUGUAAGCGAUCCGAAUCGUACCAAAUAUAACUUGAAAUAUUAUACCGACUUGGCGGACGAGCUAGUCAAAGUGGGUACUCAUGUCUUAGCAAUCAAAGAUAUGGCUGGAUUGCUCAAACCGAGAGCAGCCGAAAUGUUGAUCGACGCAAUAAGACAGAAGCAUCCGGAUGUGCCUCUUCACAUACACACGCACGAUACUGCUGGAGCUGGAGUAGCUUCCAUGUUGGCUUGUGCGAAGAAUGGAGCCGACGUUGUGGACGUUGCCGUUGAUAGCAUGUCUGGCAUGACCAGUCAGCCUUCUAUGGGCGCGAUUGUUGCAUCUCUUCAGGGAACUGACAUUGACACAAAAUUGGAUCUAUCUGAUGUCUCCGAGUAUUCUGCAUAUUGGGAACAAACGAGAACGCUUUAUGCACCAUUCGAAUGCACAACAACAAUGAAGUCCGGAAACGCGGAUGUCUACCUCAACGAAAUCCCUGGUGGUCAAUACACGAAUUUGCAAUUCCAAGCUUAUUCACUCGGUCUGGGCGAAUUCUUUGAGGACGUAAAGAAGGCAUAUCGACAAGCCAAUCUUUUGCUCGGUGAUAUUAUCAAAGUUACGCCAAGCUCUAAAGUUGUCGGUGACUUAGCACAAUUUAUGGUUCAAAACAAAUUAACCGCCGAUGAUGUUCUCAAGAAAGCCGAAGAACUAUCGUUUCCUAAGUCGGUAGUCGAAUUUCUUCAGGGUGCCAUUGGUGAACCUCACGGAGGAUUUCCUGAACCUCUCAGGUCGAAGGUUCUCAAAGACAUGCCACGCGUGAAAGGCAGACCAGGCGCGAGUUUGGCAUCACUCGACUUAGAUGUCUUGAGGAAAGAAUUGAAAGAAUCUCACUCACACGUUACCGAAAAGGACGUCAUGUCGGCCGCACUCUAUCCUAAAGUAACGAAAGAUUAUUUGAACUUCAAGGAACAAUUUGGUCCGGUAGAUAAAUUGGAAACUAGAAUCUUUCUCACGGGGCCUAAAGUAGGCGAGGUAUUCGAUGUCACAAUAGAAAAGGGCAAAACUCUCGGUAUCAAAACCCUCGCAGUUGCAGAAGAUCUUACGAAAAAUGGCGAACGUGAGGUGUUUUUCGAAAUGAACGGUCAACUGAGAUCUGUGUUCAUUAAAGAUAAAGAGGCCGUCAAGGAAUUGCAUGUGCAUCCAAAAGCAACGAAAGGUGACAGUAAUCAUUUGGGAGCGCCGAUGCCCGGCGAAGUGAUCGACAUUAGAGUAAAAGUGGGCGACACUGUGGAAAAGGGUGCACCAUUAGUUGUGCUAUCUGCUAUGAAGAUGGAAAUGGUUGUGCAAGCACCUAAAGCGGGCAAAAUCAAGAGCCUUGAAAUCAGCUUGGGCAUGAGAUUAGAAGGAGACGAUCUAGUCCUAACAUUCGAAUAAACUCUCACGCUGAUGGGAUCGAUCUAACAAUCAAAUCGUGUAAAAACAACAUCAAAUAUUUAUUGCUAUUUACUUUGAUAGUGCGUGCGAUAGUCCUACAUAUGUCAUUUAAAAAUGAUAUAUUGGGUGAUCCGAAAUUCAAAAAUUCGGAGUACAGGACAUGAUACUUUAUGCUAAAACGAACAAUUUUUUCCUGUAGUAAAAUUACAUUUGAUAAAUAAUUUUUGCGUUUACUCAUUACUUCAACUCAUUACUCUCCAGCAAAAACUAUUUGUAAAGCCUGCGACACAUGAUGCUUGUUUUCUUUGGUACUACGCAGCCAAUACGGCAAGAUUUUAAUCCAGCUAGCAAUCCAGCAGGAAAACAAGCAUCAUGUGCCACAGACUUUAGACCCAAUUUUAUAAAAGAAAAGUUGUUUCUUUUAGCAAGUAAAAUAUCAUGUCCUGUAUUCCGAAUUCAUGAAUUUCGGAUAUAUGUAAAGCCAAUAUGAUUAAUAUGAUACAAUUAAACAAAGCUGCCUAAAAGAUCUAUUAAUUUGUACAUUUAUAACGUAUAUAGAGUAAUAUCAUAAAAAAAUCGAUAAUACCGCUAUAAAUUUUCCAAUACACAAAGUAUUCUUAUGAAACUUUCGUAAAUAGUUAAUAAAUGCUCUUACAUAUUUGAUUGCAUAAAAAAGAUAUAUGUACAUUACUUUUUUCUUAUAUCUUAAUCAUGAAUAGAUUUCUGAGAUAAAUAUAAAAAUAAUUGUGGUCAAUUAAAAAUAUAAAUAAUAGGUCAAUUAAAAUGUAUUAAUUACAAGAAUUUUCUCAAGAAAUCUAAUUCACACGUUAUAGUAUAUAUAAAACGAUUUUAUCGAUGUGAUCUGAUUUAUCUGUUCAUACUACACAACGUAAAAAAAUGGAGAAAAGAUCGAGUAUCUUCUUCAGCAUGAUUUUAUAUUAAUUAUAUAGCGUGUAAAUAUAAACGAUUACUCCCAUAAUUUAAUUACGAUAUGGAGCUAAGCCUUCACGAACGAUUUAGUACAAGUACGUAGAAAAAAAUUAUUCAGGGAAUAAAGACUAGAAUAUUCCUGAAAA